AUGCACCCAAUGACCUCGUGGAUCUGCGGUGUUCAGAGCGUGGCGAUGAACAUGCAGACGGCUGGCGAAGAACUUGACCUCAACUCAGGUUUAUUCCGCAUAAAUGGCAACUGCGGCUACGUACUGAAACCUGAAAUGCUGCUGAAAGGAAUCGAUCCACGAAGUGUCUUCAAACCAAAAGUGAAACUGGGCGUUGGAAUCAUCAGUGCCCAGUUUCUGCCAAAGUCGGCUCCCGGAAAGGAUAUUGUUGAUCCCUACGUGACGGUUCAAAUUUUUGGAACACCACGGGAUGAGCUGAAAUGGAAAACGAUGGUCAUAAAGAAUAAUGGGUUCAAUCCUGUCUGGAACCAGUCUUUCGACAAAGAACUCUACUGCCCCGAUAUAGCCAUGUUGCGCUUCUGUGUCAAAGAUUUUGAUUCUACUACAGUUAAUGAUUUCAUUGGGGAAUUCUCUAUUCCGUUGUCCAGUGUGCGAAAAGGUUAUUCGCAGAUCCGCUUGAAUACCGGUGUUCAUCACAAUCCUGAUGAAUCGGCUACCCUGUUCGUUAGAAUUGCCUUGGAUGAGUUGUAA